AUGACCAUGAAAAAGCCACAGUGGGAUAUUAGUUUGUCAGAUAGGCUUGGGUAUAUGGUGAAAAAACGAGAAUACCAGACUCAUCUAUCAUUGGCUGUAGAAAGUAAAGAGCGUUCUUCAUGUAGCAAUCAUCGAGCAGUAAAUGCAGCCAAUAUCAGCAGGAGCAAUCUCCGAGCUACAGGGGUAGGAGCAACUGCUUGUGCCCGACAUGGAUGCUUUGUUCCACACAGCAUAGUCGAUUUUCAGAAGGGUGAAAAGAGAGUGGCCCAUAGCAAAGGCUUGUCUGUGCCUGAAAAUAUGCACAUCAUUCCUGCGGUUGGAAAAUUCCACCUCAGCGCUCACAAAUUGGCUUGCUUUGCAAGGUACAGCCUCAACUUCAUUCAAGGGGCUGGACAAGUUGAUGGGGAGAUUUUGGAGACCCUGUGGGCACCGUUCAAUAAGAUCUCCCCAACUGCUCGGUCAAUGAGUCAAGCCCACCGUCAAGAAGUUCUUGAUGAUCAUAUGUGCGACUCAAACUGGAAAAAAUUAGUUGGAAUAAUGAAGACUCUGUUGAAAAAGUAUAAACGAGCUCUCAAGGGUGUUGACGAGACAAAAACCCCUUUUGAUGAGCUCACUCGGUCUCUGGACCCUGAGAAGAUUUUGAUAUGGGAGAUCAAUGAGCAAAAGGCUAUGGAAGAACAUGGGGAGUAUCUUGACAUCUAUCAGUUGCAGAUCAACAAAGGAACAGUAUCUUGGCUCAUUACUGGCAUCAAUCUGGAGGAUUUACAGGAUGGAUUGAGAGCAGAUAUUCGACAACUUCCCACCAAUGCAACCCCUGCUCAGAAAGCUUCUAUAGAAGAGAAGCGACAGAGAUUGGCAGCUAGGAUUGCUAAAUUUCAUGAAACUGCUGAUGCCAUGACUGCCAGUAUGGAUCUUGGACUCCCAACAGUACAUUCCGAUGAUCCUAGAUUCUGCCAUGCAGAUAAUGAUGGCUAUGAGUGGGAAGAGGUCUCAGAUGGGGAAAUCUCGGAGGAUUUAGAUGAAGAAAUCCUAGCUGAAGAGAUGGGUAUCUGGAUGCCAUCUUCAGUGGCCCACAAUGAUGCACUGACUCUUGGCCUGGGCCCCCUCCAAGCUGAGGAAUUGGAACUUCGAAAGGGCCAAGCAAAUGACUGCCUAGAAAGCCUCUGUAUGGCCCUUGGUCAUAAGGCGAUUAUCUAUCGUCAAAGCAAGAAGCUUGUCAAUGUCAGCUCAAAAUUGACAAACAAAGAGGUAACAGAAGAAAACAGAUUUGGACAAGGGUCAGACAAACUCGCUUGGUUUUGGAGGGUGAAUAAUGCCAGCAGAGGUCAAGAAGAUGCCUGGAUGGAUGAAUUCUACAGGGUGAACUGGUUGAAGGCCAAGGCUAGAUGGAGUAGAUGGCAAGAGGAAUUGAGUCUGGUAAGACAUGAAAUGGGUUGGACCAUAAACUGGUUCAAGUAUCAUGAGAAAGAAUGGGACAGAAGGGGGGUACCAAGCCAUUAG